UAUAUAUAUAUACAUUAUUCUGGGAUUCUACGCUCACAAGCUUCCUCCGGCUUACAAUGGCAGCACACACAUAUAUCCUACUGCUGGCAGCCCUCUGCGUAGGAGCAGCUUAUUCCCUGCAAUGUUACACAUGCAGCUAUGAACUCAGCAACAGCAACUGCAAGACAGCGACGACCUGCCCAUCCGGAUCCGGCUACUGCCAGACGGACUUAGUAACUGCUUCAGCAGCUGGAUCAUCUGUAACUGUGAUCACCAAGAACUGUACAGCCACCUGCACGCCAAGCAGUAGCACCAUUGCCACGGCUUCAAUCUCUACAGCCUGCUGCACCACUGACCUGUGCAAUGUCAGCGCAGCCAUCAGCAUCAAGUCCAGCUAUGCCGCCAUUUUCCUGGUGAUGGGAACCAUCCUGAUGUUCUUCAGUGACUCACUUCUCUAAUAUAUGAUGUGAGGUAACAGAUUGUCCAACCUGCAUCAAUAAACCUACUGUAAUAAAAGUC